UUUAAAUCUAAUUAAAGUAACUUUUUUUCUGUUUUAUAAAUUCGGGCUAGAUAUAAUAUACUGAACAAUAUGCACAUACAGAUACUUUACUACUUAAUUGUUAUUGUACAUUGAACUUGUGUUUAUAAACAUAUAUAUGGGUGCAUGUUAGAUCAAUACUUAUUACUUUGAAAUUCAAGACAUAUUAUACCAUUAAGGAAUAUUUGAACAUGGAUACAUUAAUAAAAGAUGUAUAUGAUGUUUUAACUAAUAAAACUGAAAAUGAAUUAUCUUCACAAGAUAAACUUGUUAAAUAUCAGAAUACAUAUAGAUUGGAAUCGAAAAAUCCAUUCAAUGAAAAUAAAGCUUUGGCUGUUAUCAAAAAUGAAAUAAUGAAACAUUUGAACAAUGAAACUAGAUAUGACCCAGAUGAAGCAACAAGAAUCUCUGCAACCAUGUCUCAUAGUAUUAGAGAUGAAAUUUAUGACUUGGAUUUUGAAAGGUAUAAAAUUGUUUGUAUAGUUGAAAUUGGAGAGAAAAAAUGUCAAGGAAUAAUGUCUAUAGCUAGAUUUCUUCGUGACUUCAGUAAAGAUAAAUAUGUUUAUAGCAAUUUUGAAAAUCAUCAUUUGUUUGCAACUAUUAUGGUUGGAGCAUUUUAUUAUGAAUAAAUUAAAUAUGAUUUUUUUACACAUGAUAUGUAAUAUAAAACCAAAACUGUUCACACUUUCAUUAUGUUUUAAGAAAAAACACUUAAGUUCCUAAAAAUUAUUAGUCAAUAUAA